CGCUCCAGCGCCAAGUCUCUCAGACUCCUGAAGUAGGAGCGACUCAGUAGGAGCUUCUGUACCAGUUAUCAAAGCAGCGGAGAGGCUCCCCCAGGAAUUGACCGCUUGCAUCGACCGGGCGAAAAGGCUCCAGAUUAUGGACUGUCUCGUCAUGAAGCGACAGUGGGACCUGGAGCUUUUCUGAGAGGAUUCAGCAAUGCCACAGUGAAAGGGAACUCUGAACUAACAGCCGCUCUCUGCAGCUUGCAUGUGAUAUGCACUGACACUGCAGUUUGCUGUUUUUAUUACACGCGCCGCCGAGAGUUUUUGUGGGAAUGUUUCAGCCUGAGACUUCCAUGUAAAGAAGCGCUCUGCGAUUUGGAACAUCCCCUGGAAAAGAUAAAUGGCUGUUAUUUCAUAAAUUGAGAUCGCAUCCCACCGCGGCGCAUUUUUCUCGAAGUUUUUGGGACGCUUUCCGCGAGGUGCACAUAUCGACUGCUGGAAUACCGCAAAGGACUGAUUGCACAGAGCAUUUCCUCAGUCCAUGGAUUGUGCGCCCUGGGACCUUGUCAAACCUGAGAGCGUCAGGCGACGUGAAGAGAAGCCACGUUUAUAAAAGCCGUGCGUAAAAAUAACAUUGGCCAAGGCAGCCCUCAUUGCCGGGCGCGUGACAUUUAAAACUUGGUGAAGUGCUCUUUUGUGCGCCCUUGUCUCGCGGGACGCUCCGGAUCUAUUCUGCCUCUUUAGAAAACACUUCAUUCCAUGCAGCUCUCGCCUCGGCCGCUGUCAUCCAGCGUAGACAGUUCGUCGUGGCUUCGAGUCCCCGGGGUAACCAUGACAACCAAAAGAAACCCAAAGUGAAUCCAAGGGAGCGGGGUGAGGCCGGAGAGAGCGUGAAUAGAGUUUUCCCCGUUUUGUUUUGUGCUUUUUUUUGUUUAGACUAAACAGUUUUCUGCAAAGCGGGGGCACCGCUUCGCGCUGCAGGGUUGCAUCAGCAGGCAAGUUGCAAAGUUGAAGGAGCCCUAAAAAGCAAAGCACUCCGCCGCAUGUCAUUCAAACCCGACGUGGUCUAUUAAAAGUAUCGCCUUGCUGGUGACUGAACUUCUACUAUUUAUGAAGCCCCGGGCUAGUCAUUGCAGAGAAUACAGCAACCGGGAAAAGAAUUGAAUAUAAUUUACGCGAGAAGAGACGGUGCGUAAAACAAGAGGAAUAAUGGGCCUCUCACAAACGCUGCUCUUUUACGUGCUGCUGUGCGUUCACCUCGGAGUUUCCCAGCAUUACCUUCGCCUCCGUCCAUCGCCCAGUGAUCACCUCCCCGUGCCCGACCUUAAGGAGGACCCCGACCCGGAGUACGACCCCCGGGAGCAGGACUUGGCCGAGAGGACUCUGAGGAAAAAGCUCGGCAGUAACUUUGACCCCAACUUCAUGUCCAUCAGCUCGCCCAUGCUGGUGAACCUCUCCGCAUCAGACAACCAGGUGAAGCUGCAGGGGCCCAUGCCCAACGAGAUUAAAAAGCUGGACCUCACAGAGACCCCCUAUGGAAAGCGGGUAAAAGUGGGCAAGAAGGCCCGUAGGAAAUUUCUGCAGUGGCUGUGGACCUAUACGCACUGCCCAGUGGUGUACACCUGGAAGGAUUUGGGCGUGAGGUUCUGGCCACGUUACAUCAAGGAGGGAAACUGUUUCUCCGAGCGCUCGUGCUCCUUCCCUGAGGGGAUGUCUUGCAAACCCGUCAAGUCAAUCAACAAGAUUUUCCUCCGGUGGUAUUGUCAAGGCUUUCUAAGACAGAAAUACUGUACGUGGAUACAGGUGCAAUACCCAAUCAUCUCAGAGUGCAAGUGUUCGUGCUGA